AUGUCUUCUUACGGUGGCGGUUAUCAGCGCGAGUCGCGCGGCGAUUCUUAUCGCUCUAGAGGUGGUCACGGUGGCGGUUAUCAAAAUGGCAACGGCUACUCUGGCGGUGGUGGCUAUGGCGGUGGCUAUGGUCGCGGUGGAGGAGCCGCUGGUGGUGACCGCAUGUCGAACCUGGGCGCUGGCUUGAAGAAGCAAGAUUGGGAUUUGGACUCCCUUCCCAAGUUCGAAAAGUCAUUCUAUAAGGAACAUCCCGAUGUUGCCGCUCGCUCUGAGCGCGAGGUCGAGGAAUUCCGCAAGAAGCACGAGAUGACUGUGCAGGGACGCAAUGUGCCUCGUCCCGUCGAGAAUUUCGACGAGGCCGGGUUCCCCCAGUACGUCCUGAGUGAGGUCAAGGCUGAAGGCUUCGAGCGUCCCACUGCCAUCCAGUCGCAGGGUUGGCCUAUGGCGCUUUCUGGUCGCGAUGUCGUCGGUAUCGCCGAGACUGGUUCCGGAAAGACUCUCACCUACUGUCUCCCUGCCAUUGUUCACAUCAACGCUCAGCCUCUCCUCGCUCCUGGCGAUGGUCCCAUUGUCCUCAUCCUCGCUCCUACUCGUGAGCUUGCUGUUCAGAUCCAGACCGAAAUUAGCAAGUUUGGAAAGUCCUCCCGGAUCCGCAACACUUGUGUCUAUGGUGGUGUUCCCAAGGGUCCUCAGAUCCGUGAUCUGAGCCGGGGUGUCGAAGUCUGCAUUGCAACCCCUGGUCGUCUGAUCGACAUGCUGGAAGCUGGCCGGACCAACCUCCGCCGUGUCACUUACCUCGUUCUUGACGAAGCUGAUCGCAUGCUGGACAUGGGUUUCGAACCUCAAAUUCGCAAAAUCAUUUCUCAGAUUCGUCCUGACCGACAGACCUGCAUGUGGUCCGCCACUUGGCCCAAGGAAGUCCGUCAGCUCGCUACUGACUUCCUGAACGACUACAUCCAGGUGAACAUCGGUUCCAUGGACUUGUCUGCUAACCACAGAAUUACUCAAAUUGUCGAGGUCGUGUCCGACUUCGAGAAGCGCGACAAAAUGAUCAAGCACCUCGAGAAAAUCAUGGAAAACCGUGGCAACAAGUGUCUCAUUUUCACCGGCACUAAGCGCAUUGCUGAUGAGAUUACCCGAUUCCUCCGCCAGGACGGGUGGCCCGCCCUUUCUAUCCACGGCGACAAGCAGCAACAAGAAAGAGAUUGGGUCUUGAACGAAUUCAAGGCGGGCAAGAGCCCAAUCAUGGUGGCCACUGAUGUGGCUUCCCGUGGUAUUGAUGUUCGCGACAUCACUCAUGUGCUGAACUAUGACUAUCCCAAUAACUCGGAGGACUACAUUCACCGUAUUGGUCGAACUGGUCGUGCUGGUGCGAAGGGAACUGCCAUUACCUUCUUCACCACUGAAAACUCCAAGCAGGCUCGUGACUUGGUUACUAUCCUCACUGAGGCCAAGCAGCAGAUUGACCCCCGUCUCGCUGAGAUGGUUCGCUACAGCGGUGGCGGUGGCCAUGGUCACGGUGGUUACGGCCGGUGGGGUGGCCGCGGUGGUGGUCGUGGUCGUGGUGGUAGCUAUACCGCUUCCAACGCUGCCCCGCUUGGCAACGCUCGCCGUUGGUAA